AUGGAGAUGCAAACGGAGAAGAUGGGUUUCUCUGGUAAGGAAGGCGUGGAGGAGGAGGGAGGAGUGGAGCUCAACCUCUGCCUGUCUAUCGGUGGCGGUACCUCGCGUAUGGCCCCGAAAGCGGAGGAGGGGGAAACUAAAGGAUCUGCCGGUUUGCCCCCCUCCUCCCCGCUGCCACAGUUGACGCUGUACCGCCGUGGGGACGCCGUCGAUCGGCGAAGGCGGCGCGAGAUGCAGUUGCUACGGCGGCCGGAAGCGCACGAACAGAAUAUGGGGAUCCAGCGAAGGAGGAGGAACGGUGCGACCCCCUCCCCCUCGCCGGCGGCGGGGUUCUGCAGUCUCUCGCCGUCGCUAGACGACCUGUUGGCGCCGGAGAGUAAGGAGGAUGAUAGAUCAAGGGUCAGUAGUCGGGAGGACGGAGUGGAGGAUGCCGGCUCUUCCAACCAGAAGACUAGGGAGGACCCCGAGAGAGGCUUGGAUUCCGAGGUUAAACCUGAGCUUCUCCCCAAUGCCAAUGGUAGCCCUAACGCGGACGUCGACUACGGACCUACCUUCUGCCCUAAUUCUCUCAACCCUAACCUUCCGGUAUUAGCCCCUCGUCCCUACCCAGUGAUGGCCAUGCAGUCCCCGUUCCUGCAACUGCAGUGCCUGCAGGUUGCCAAUGGUUUUGGAAUCCCCUACUUGAUGCCCUGGUGGGCUCCUGCCAUGCCGCCGGCCGCUGCAUUUCCUGCGGUGAAUGAGGUCCGGCCGAUGGCUUCAUCCCUCGCCGGCAAGGCGGUCGGAACAGGCGGGUGGAUGCCCCACGGGAGCAGCAGCUGCUCCGCCAUGUCGGACAAUGUGAGCCAUUCAUUCCGGGGUACGCGCUCCUCGCUCUGA